UUACAUUUAUUUGCCUAUGCGGUGCUAGCGAAAUGAUAUGCUGUGUAAAAGGAUAUCUCUCUAGUCGCAGUAUCUGUUAGUUGGGGUAGUUAGUGGGAUGUGGAUUCAAUUAUAGAAAAUCGAAGUUUAUUGUUGUAAUGAAGACAAAGUAUAAAUAAAACGUCUUGUUCAUCAGCACUUCACUUAGUGACAUUGAGAUCUCACUUCAGGUUGAGGUCUACAUUGAUUAACGCCUAAUGGCGUUCCGGCCGAUAUGGAAUCGAAUUAAACGUGAUCACCAACAUGCUGGCAGGUUCGGCUACCGUCUAUUCGCUUUCGCAACAUGGAUUCCGGUGGUUUCUAUGUUCAACCACUAUAUUGGAGAAUUAGCUUGGAUCAGCGGGCCGUCAAUGUAUCCUUUUUUGAAUGCGGAAAAGGACCAGACGACUCGGAAUGAUGUGGUGAUCAAGUAUAAGUUGAAUGCGCAGUAUGGGCUGCGGCGAGGCAUGAUAGUCAUUUUCUGGAAUCCCUAUGAUCCAGAGGUUGAGGCUGUUAAGAGGAUUGUCGGGCUUGAAGGCGAUAUCAUAAGGACGCGAAGUCCGUAUCCCUCUCCUACAGUCCGCGUGCCAAUGGGGCAUGUCUGGGUUGAGGGUGACGGAGGCGAGCGCUUGAGCAGGGACAGCAACGAUUAUGGGCCAAUUUCGACGAAUCUCAUAACUGGUAAGGUCACCCACGUCGUGUGGCCUCUACAUAGAUUCGGUAGAGUCCAGUGGUGGGAAUAUGCAGGGAAUAUUAGGAAUUAAACAACGAAACAACUACUACAUAUUUACUCAUCGACUGCUAUCUAACACAAAGGUACCUCCUACGUGUGAUGUCAACUAAUUGCUGGUAUGCAGAUAACCGUAAGAUGCUGUAACCCGACCUCCCGAUCUACCGGUAGAUAGAGAUAUGUAGGUACCUAUGUACCUACAGAUUAUUCCAGAUAAGAGAUAAGGCAAAGCCGGAUAAGGUCCACAGGCGCCCACCAACUCGGGCGCGAAGGCCCGUGAUAAACCGCGCGUAAACCGAUAUGGCCGAUUAGGUACGAUUUAG